AUGCCGCCGAAGCGCUGCCUUGUGCUGGUCAAGGAGUCGGCAAUGGCAGAGGCUUUGGCGCACAUCGUAUCCCUGGACUUGUGCGUGGCCGGGUGCCAGCAAGCUGCGGUGGCCGUCAGCGGGCGCGGGCGCAUGCCCAGCCAGCGCCGACGUGAUGUGCUGCACCAGUUCCGCAAUGGUGCCCACGCGGUCCUUGUGUCGACAGACUGCAACGACCUCCCGGAGUGCCAGCUGCUAAUUCACCUUGACGAGUCUCGCACAAAGCAGCUGGGGCUGUCGAUGGCUCCGUAUCCCGAACCCUUCGAUUAA